CGGCUCGUCCACGGACGCCACACCACUAGUCAACCCACUCUCACUGCUGUCGUCAUUGAGGUCAGGUAGACGAGAGCGAAGAUGGCGACCGCCUACGAGAGAUACAAUUUGCACACAACCCCGGAGAAGUUCUUCAUCGAGGCCUGCGAUGAGGGGGCUGAUGCCGUGCUGGCAAUCGACCGGGUCUCGAACGAGAUGACCCUAACAGGUAAAAAAGAUGUCCCUCCCUCGGCGGUCACCAGGCCUAUAUGUGGCAUCAUGGGAACCAUUCGCCUGGUAGCAGGGAUGUACCUGAUCGUCAUCACCAGGAAGAGGAACGUGGGCAGCCUCAUGGGCCACGCGGUGUGGAAGGCCGUGGACUUUGACGUGAUCUCGUAUAAGAAGACGGUGCUGCAUCUCUCAGAGAUCCAGUCUCAGGAGAAUAAGACUUUCCUGUCCAUGCUCAACAAUGUGCUGACUACAGACGGCUUCUACUUCUGCACCGACUUUGACCUGACGCACACUCUGCAGCGAUUGGCCAACACCAGCCCCGACUUCCAGGAGAUGAGCCUGCUGGAGAGGGCAGAUCAGCGGUUUGUGUGGAACGGGAACCUCCUGAGAGAACUGGCUGCACAGCCAGAGCUUCAUAAGUUUGCACUCCCUGUUGUCCAUGGAUUCAUCGUCAUGAAGCCGUGUCGUAUAAACGGGAAGAUCUUUGAGUGGAUCCUCAUAUCCAGAAGAAGCUGCUUCCGGGCCGGCGUCAGAUACUACGUUAGAGGCAUCGACUCUGAAGGCCAUGCUGCUAACUUUGUGGAGACCGAGCAGUUAGUUUUGUACGAGGGAGCGAAGGCUUCAUUUGUACAGACACGAGGCUCCAUGCCCUUUUACUGGAGCCAGAGACCCAACCUCAAAUACAAACCCAAGCCUAUAAUCAGCAAAACCAAUCACAUGGAUGGUUUCCAGCGGCAUUUCGACUCUCAGCUUCUCAUUUACGGGAAGCAAACUAUUCUGAACCUGGUGAAUCAAAAAGGCUCAGAGAAGCCUCUAGAACAGGCCUUUGCCAAGAUGGUAUCUGGCAUGAACAAUGGUAUGCUCAAUUACAUAGCCUUCGACUUCCACAAAGAGUGCAGCCACAUGAGAUGGGACCGUCUCCAGAUCCUGGUGGACGCUGUCGCCGAGACACAAGACGAGUACAGUUACUUCAUGGUGAACUCGGAGGACAAGACGGUGGCCCAGCAGAGAGGAGUCUUCCGCAGUAACUGCAUGGACUGCCUGGACAGGACCAACGUCAUCCAGAGCCUGCUGGCCCGACGCUCCUUACAGUCUCAGCUUCAGAGGAUGGGCGUUCUGAACGUGGGUCAGAGGAUCGAGGAGCAGGCCGAGUUCGAGAAGAUCUACAAGAACGCAUGGGCUGACAAUGCCAAUGCAUGCGCUGUGCAGUAUGCAGGAACCGGAGCUUUGAAAACAGACUUCACAAGGACGGGGAAGAGGACCAGGUGGGGGCUGCUGAUGGAUGGCUGGAACUCCAUGAUUCGCUACUACAAAAACAACUUCUCUGAUGGAUUCAGACAGGACUCCAUCGAUCUGUUUCUGGGUAACUUUGCUGUCGACGAGUCAGACGGACCGACUCCUCUCCGCGUGCAGAAGGACUGGAAGUUCCUCACACUGCCCAUCAUCAUGCUGGUGGCAUUUUCCAUGUGCAUCGUCUGUCUUCUCAUGGCUGGCGACACAUGGACAGAGACCCUGGCUUACGUGAUGUUCUGGGGGGCCGCCAGCGCGAUCACAGCCACUAUCAUCCUGUUUAACGGCCAAGACUUUGUGGACUCCCCCAAACUGGUUCACAAGGAGAAGAUGGACUGAGUGUGUGUGGGUAUGAGUGUGUGAGUGCGUGUGUGUGUGUGUGUGAGGAAAAUAAAACUGAGGAGUAGCUGAGCCCAGCAGGCUCCUAUACCUCGUCAUCUUCACAGACUUCCUCCCCAGGUCUGGACUCUAAUACUGAUCUGCUGCCUCUGUACUCGCCUGUUAAACACUGUUUGUUUGUCUGUCUUACUUGUUUUACCUUCUUCUGUUCUGUACUGCACACACUCCUUCACUUCAUGGUUUACAUUCCAUCUCCUGCAUCACUCAUACUGUAUCUUUAGGUUGGUUUUUGUUGGUGUUAUGUUGCCGGAGAGGAUCUGUGGCAUCAACCGGUUUAGUCUGUAGUAAAAAACAAAACAUAUAUAAACACUACUACUCAUUUUCUUAUCGCUUCCCAUUCUUACAAUUCUUACUUCAUUCAUGCACCUUUUUAGUUAAAGACACAAGCGCCGAGGCUGAUUAGACCAGUCAGGUCAAAGUCUACAUACCAGUAAAAGUAACCACACCCAAGCAGAAACUAACACAAGAGUGAUGUAAAGUGUAGUUUCCCGAAAAGGACUGAAACAGCCGUGGGGGUUGACGAUGGCUUCAAAGCUGCAAUUACAAACACGAUAUCUGACAUGUUGUCAAGUUGAAACUUGUUCGCAAACGUUCGGGGUUGGGCAGCUGAUGUACACGAGGUUCAGAGCUGAAGGAAGAUUAAAAAAAAAAGCUCUGCAGUGCCUCAGAGUUGGUGUCCCCAAAUCUCUGUGGGGUUGUCAAACGUAGUAAUUUGAGUCAUUAUUAAUAUAGAAAUGUUGAUUAGAUACUAGAUAAUAUUAAUUAACCCUAAACUGCCACACUCAAAGAUGAAUAUACAGAAUGUACGUGUUGAGUUUUGAAUGUAACAAGCCUUACAAACUUUCAUACGAUGAAAUAUAAAUAUCUGGCGAAUCUGUACGUAGCUGGAGUGAACGACAUGUCUUCCUUUUAGGCUAACUUGGGAGACUUAUCUGGUCAUUUUGCACUUUGGAGAACCGUGAAAACAACGUGUUGCUUUUCUAGCCCGGGUCCAGACCUCUGCGUCUUGUUCAGUGAUUCAAAUAAGUCUGAUACCGUGCUCGUUUAGCCAAUUUAGUGCUUUUUAAACAGGAUUAAGAGAGAAGAAGACAUCCGUCUACAUCUCUAUGCAGCUACUUGGCUUCAUCCAUGAAAAAUGGAAACAGAAAAGUCAACGCAGCUUCAUGAGAUCAAUACAGCCUCUGUAAGUUAUGUCUGUAAGUCGCCUCGCUGACUUUUUCUUCUGCAUCAUCAUGGAAAAACGCUCCUUAAACCUUGAAACAAAGUCUUUACAUGACCUGGAAAUGCUUUGCAGCACCACUUUCUAUCUAUAGCGUUGUGUUAGUGAUGAUCUUGUGAUUGUCCCUCAGUAGAAAGUGAUAUCUCAGAUCUCGUCUGUGUCAUUUUCAAUCAACACAGGAGCUGCAGUAACGGCUGGAAGCAGUUUAGCUACACUUUUUUCAUGAGAAUCAAAGAAAUAUCAGUUUAUGAGUCGACUUACAACAUCUUAACCCAACUACUUUUCAUGGAUGUAGCUAAGUACUUGACUAGAUAGUUAUGUUCUUAAAUUCCACUCACAAAAGUAAAGGUAGAUGUUUGUUUUUCUUUACCAUGGGAGCACAACACCAGACAAAUUUGAAAAUCAGAACAAAUCAGAGAUGCGAGCUGUUAUUCAGAGGUAUGCAACCAGGCUGAUUUGACACGACUGUGUAGCUUUAAAGCCUGUUCCUCUCAGCGUCUUUGGGUUGAUCCCUGUCAACAUGCAUAGUGUCUUUUUUUUGUUUGUUUUGAUAUUACGACUGGGACUAGAGCCAGAGUUUGAACAUUUCCAGUUCUACACAUUGUGGCUUUAAUUCUGACGUUCUCUGAAGACAUUAGUUUUUUUUUUUGUGGUUAUAUCGGGACUUCAAUGCCUCGUUAUGUUGAGUUAACUGACUCCAUGGUCUGUCAUUGAUCAUUCCUCUCAUUUGUAAAAAGAAAGAAAUAUGAAAACAGAAGCGGUGAAAGGAAGGUUUACGCAUAAUGUUACUGCUAUGACCACAAUUUGAUGUCUAUAUUACCUGAUAAAUCAUUGAAUUUCGUGUUAUGGCAGUCAUAAAAUGUUAUAGAAGCACCACAAAAACAGCAUACAGAGGCUCUCGGCUUCUGUUCAUACAGAUAUUUGGAGUUUCUGUUGCUCUGAUCGCUUCCCAAAAAAAAUUUUGGACCACUGACCUGGUUACAAACAGUUAACCUUUUUAAUAUAAUCAUUAAAGAUCCGACUUGGCUUUAAAACCUUUCUCUGACGUUUAAUUUAUGAUGUAUUCUAUAUUUUUUGGUCACCGUACUUUCUUUCUGUCCUGUGUAUGAUUUCACAUACGAGCUGUGCCGUGUUAGUUUUGGAUGACGUGUUUAAGAUCAUUCCUGCGAAACAUUAUCUCAUGUAACAGGUUUUACAAGCCAUCGGAUCAGUGAUCGAAUUAGUUUUAUGAACUAUUGUUGAAUUUAGUAUAAGAACAACUGUACUCUGAUCACGCUUGCUUCUCGAAGAUGUCUAAAAAUCUUGAUCUGUGUAACUUUGUGACGGUAACAGAUCAAGGUAACUUCUGUGAGCAGGACUUGUGUGUCUGGGAACAAGAUGGCAAGUUGUGCGUAAUAAUAAUAAUAAUAAUUGUUUGAAUCAAGAUGUGUGCACAAUAUCUGAAUAUCUUGUUUACACUAGAUAAUAACUUGUUGAUAUUAACUUGUGUGCACCGUCUUCUUUUUAAAAAAAUCAUCUUCAGGUACACUGUACUUGUUAGACAUGCAUCAUAUGGUCAGUAAAAGGAGUUGUUGUGGAGCUACAUUAAUGUUUGGACCUUGAGUUUCACACCCUUCAUGUGUCACAGUGCAGUGUAGGUGAAGUCCGUCUCAUCGACAUAACCUUGUAAUGCCUGUACUUUUUUAAAAUUUAGUCUUUACAGAUGCGAUUUGUGGGUGCGGGUGUUCGUUUCAGCAGUCGGCAGCACCUCCGUUGAAGUAUGUUUCAACAUGAAGGUUCCAGAUUCAUGUGAUCAUUAUAUCUCUACUGUGUAAUUUAUGCUUGUAAAGAUUUUAAAAAAUGGAGCCAAUGACAUGUUACUGUGACAUAAACCAUGCUCAACUCGAGGUGUUUUAUGAGAUUUUUAUGGUAUAACAUGACUUGCAAACUUCACUGCAUUCAUACUGUGGUCAGUAUGUGUGCAUACAACCUGCUUCACGCAGAUGUAAGUAGAGAAUGAGGUCAACAAACCAUUAAAUCAUCAUUCCUCUUUUAAAAAAUAAUCAAGUGUAUAAAAUGAAGCACUUACAACCUCUGUUAGCAGAUAUUGAGUUGUAAUUUGUGUCACAAGUUUGCAAAUGAUGUUACAGCCCUGUGCAGUACGGCUGAUGGUUUGUUUUGGGACGUUAUUGUCACGUAAUAGGAACAUUUGGGAUCGUAUAGCUGUGAAUGUUUUAUCAUUUUAAGGCUACAAACUAAAGUCUUAUCUGAGGCGAUGGAAGCCAGAAUCAGUUGUUCGUCUAGUUUGUGGUGGAACAUUGUAAAUUACUCUUCAGUGUUUUUCCUCUUCAGCGGUCUUCAGUGCUCUCCUUCCUGAGUCAGACUUUCAUCCAGUACUUUCUGUAAUUGUCAAUAAACUCUGGUGAACACACAAA